CACUGUCAGUCUUACAGCUGCUACUUGCUAUUUGAUCCUUGAUCUUUUCUGUUCGUUUUCCACGAUCGUUCCAACUUACGAUGCGGCUGUUUGCGCAUUUUCUUUGGAUUUAGAUUAACGUCAUACUUUGGACGAAUAAUUUAGCACAUUAUUGAUUUAGUCUUGCUUGUGAUAAAAACGUUAGCAACAGACUAAGUGUUUAUGUGGAUACAAGUUUUAUAGCACUAAUCUUGUGAACUCUAUUGAUUUAUUACUUAAAAUCUUAAUAUUUAGAUAAUUGCAGUAUAAAUACUUUUUAAAAGAAUUAAUUAAGUGUUAAAUAUCUGGAAUUGAAAAUGAAUCAAGACAAAUCUAAUGGACAUAAAAUCGAACCAGAUCUACCUGCUGGUGUUCAAGUUGAAGAAAUAGAAAUCCCGGUACCGUGGGGCCACGUCGCUGGACGAUGGUGGGGCCCUAGGGACAAGCAGCCACUGAUCGCUAUCCACGGCUGGCAGGAUAACGCCGGGACUUGGGACAAUCUCAUCCCACUCCUGCCAACCUCAACGUCCGUCUUGUGCCUAGAUCUUCCCGGACAUGGCCUAUCGUCGCACUAUCCGACCGGGAUGCUCUAUUAUAUAUUCUGGGAUGGUAUAGCGUUAUUAAGAAGGAUAGUUAAACACUUUAAAUGGAGUAAAAUUAGUCUCAUGGGACAUUCGCUAGGUGGCGCUCUAAGUUUCAUGUACGCGGCCUCAUUCCCGGAUGAUGUAGAUAGGAUUAUCUGUAUUGACAUCGCUAGUCCUGCUGUAAGGGUACCAGAAAACAUGGUGAAAGCAACUGGCUGGUCUGUUGAUAAGAUUCUGGAAUAUGAGACAUUGUCUGAAGAUAAGAUACCUUGCUACGAUUAUGAAGAGAUGAUCGAUAUUGUGGUAGACGCGUAUAAAGGUUCAGUGUCAAGGGAGAACUGCAAAGUUUUAAUGAAGAGGGGCAUGGCUCCAACGCCCGCACAUCUGAAGAAGAAAGGAUAUCAUUUUAAAAGGGACCCGAGACUCAAAGUGUCUGGUCUAGCGAUGAUGUCAUUAGAAACGGCAUUAGCUUAUGCUACUAAAGUAAAAUGCAAAGUUCUUAACAUCAGGGCGAUUCCUGGACAGAAUUGGGAGAGGUUGGAUUAUUACAUGGCGGUUGUAAACAAAUUAAAAGAGUCUGCCGACGUGACGUAUAUAGAAGUAGAAGGUACACAUCAUGUACAAUUGAAUUCACCAGAAAAUAUAGUUAAUAUUGUUGAAGAUUUCUUAGAAAUGUACUAAUUGUACGCUUAGGUUUGUUACAAUGUUGUGAUAAAUUGUGAUGAUGGAAGUAGUUAGCAAAUUAGCACGAUGAGUCGUUGUAUAACGACUAUAAAUAUAGUUUUAAGGUUAUUUAUUCAUUCCUAUUUAGUGACGUUAAUAGAUAGCGCAAUUGCUACACACAAUAAUAAAUUAAUUAAGAACAGCUUAACUCUUCUGGUGACGGCACCGACUAGUUUCGGACCCGUCGGGUGUCCAACUUCAGGGCGAAUAUCAACCUGGCACGGAAUGCGAGAUGCGACACGACCGCGAAGUUCUCAAAAUAAAAUCUCCUCCAAAAGAUGCACACCCGAUGGGUCCGAAACUAGUCGGUGCCGUCACCGUAUGAUCAUAUGUUAAACCGUUCUUAGUUAAUUUAGCUACAAAUAAUUUAUACACAAAGUUCUGCUUUCACAAAAAAAACCUUACAUUAUCAAUAAAUAGAUAUAAGAACAAUUUAGAAACGACGUAGUGGUAAUUAAAUUGCAAUCAACUUUACUUUAGCAUGAAAUGGGGUUUUAUAUUGCACCAAGUUAUCGCUUUAAAAUGUAAAAGUUGUUUCUAUGUGAGUUUUUUUCGGAAAUGUCCAAGUAAAGUUA